AUGCUGAAGGAGCUGAAUGCUCCCAAGGCGAAAGUUUUCCCUGUUCUCGAGCACAAAAUUGCAAUCGUGACUGGUGCAGCUGAGGGCAUGGGGAAAGCGACCGCUCUUCUGUUCGCUGCGUCAGGCGCCAGUGUCGUACUAGCAGACAUCAAUGAGCAGGGUGCUCAAGACGUUGCGAAAGAGAUUGAAAAAGCCGGCGGACAGGCCUAUGCAGUCAAAGUUGACAUCUCGGACUCAGAAAAUGUACAGAACCUCAUUCAACAAACGGUUGCCAAAUUCGGAAGACUUGAUUGUGCUGUCAACAAUGCGGCCUUGACUCCUGACGGAGCACCCCUGACGGACUUUGAUGAGGCUUAUUUUGAUAAACUGAUUUCAAUCAACCUGAAGGGAACAGCGCUAUGCAAUAAAUACGAAAUUGCUCAAAUGCGCAAACAAGGAACUGGGGGCUCCAUUGUGAAUAUCUCUUCAGUUGUGGCCUAUCAUGCGCAUCCCAAUAUGGUGGCCUAUACUAUCGCCAAACAUGGCAUUGUUGGCUUGACCAAACAGGCGGCUAGCGAGAAUGGCGAUGCCAAUAUUCGGGUGAAUACAGUUGCGCCUGGAGCUAUUUUGACAGAAAUGUCAGCCAAGGCAAUGAUCACCAUGGGGACUGACCAUACGGAGUACGCACGCCAGAUGAGCAUGCUGGGCCGCUGGGCAGCUCCGCACGAGGUUGCUCAGGCGUCCCUUUGGUUGUGCUCAGAUGCUUCUUCAUACGUGACCGCGACGACCUUGCCUGUCGACGCUGGCUCUCAUACGAAAUGA